GUCUGUAGCCAAAGGGGGCGCCCAAGCGAAAAUAAAUAAAAGAAACGAUCACGCCGGUAGACGGGACUUUAAGUGUUCGAUUUUGUAGUGAAAUUCGGGAAUAUCGGGCUCCUUCUGGACUUUGGCCGAGUGUUAGAAAUUCCAUUUGGACUGGCGAUGGCGCCACAAGUGACACACCCGUCCCGUCGUUGUUGUCCGUGGGUCUGCGACAAGAUCUGUUCCCUGCCUUGUCCGUUGUCUGAAGCAGACGCCACGUGCGCUGCAGAGGGGGUGGUGCAGCGGCAGGAGCAGGUUAGCGACUGGUGGCGUCUACGAUUUCCUGUCGCAAGUUAAAUGUUUCCCGGGACUCGAUUCCCCCCUCCGCUCCCUAGAACCCUACACCAGAAGGCGACGAAUACUCGAUAGUUGAGCAGACUGAUCAAACAGUUUUAUCUACUUUGCAUAACGCCAAUGCGCUGUUAGAGUUUUUCUGGGGUCCAUCGAUUGUUCCAUCAGUUAGAAGUUACAUUUUUGGAAUGUCAAAGUGAAAUUUAUACGCUUAAUGAUUAAAUUUUCUCUUUCCUGCAAGCGCGUUUUGAAGGGACACUAAUCAAAAAUUCUUUGCAGAUGCCGAGUGACGAGCCUCUAGAGCUGGAGGCCCUAGCCAGCACCCUUCAAGCCAGGCGUUCCAGUCAGGGUCAGGACGAGUCCAUCUCCGAUCCGCAGUGCUCUAAGGCCGAGCCGAUCGCUGUCCCCGGUAAAGCUCGCACGCCGGAUCAUAAUCUCGAGGAGAAGCCGAUAGGCGGGGAGCUGAUUGGCGGAAAGCUUAUAGCUGAGCCGGAGGAUAGCCAAGGGCUGUCGCAGGAUGUCGGACCUGAGAGGGAUGAACUGGACCUGGCCUUGGAAGUGGAUAUGGACUUGGAAUUGGACAUGGAACUGGAGCCGGAGCUAAUGGCCCUUGCCGAGAACCUAGAUCCCUUGAGCCAACCGGAAAGCCUCUCCUCGUUCUCGUCGUCUGACAUCUCCAGUCGCUGGUCCUCGUCCACCGUAUCGCCCGUACCCGUCAAGUUCACUCCUCCACCGAAACUCAUGGCGAAGCCCGUGUUAUCGGGAUCGGGCUACGACAUGCCCUUUCCCUACCCCGACCAGGUGGCAUUGUGUCCUCAUCAACGUUUCCAAUAUAUCUUCAGCCUGGUGGACAGCAUGAACUUGCAGCUGGAGAAAAAGCGAAGAAAGUCUCCGGAUCCAUUGAAAAAUGCUGGCAAGAAGGGCUCCACUGGAGCAGUGCCCAAGACAAAGUGCAAGAACAAGGAAAAUUUUAAAAAUAUGUCCGAGCCCAUCAAUAAUAACCCUAGUAGCCCCGAAAAAGCACUCCCAAUCAGCCAGGCAAAGCCAAAAAAGCUCUACAUUAUGAAUUUCCAAGCAAACCCUAUAAAUCUAUCAUCGAACACCAACUACCAAUACAUAAAGGAAAAUAAGUCGAAGCCACAAAACGUAAAGCGUAGACAGGACCAGGACCACGAACAGUUUGUCGACUUGGAUACAGAUUGCGAGUUCGGCAUGGAACACCUCGAGCAAUAUCGAGCCAAGGCCUCACGUCGUGACUCUGAGGGCAAUCGCAACGAUUCCCCUUCAGAGACAAUCGCACGCAAAUCUCGCAUCGACAUCCCCGAGAAGCGCUCAUCAGAGACAAACACCAGAGCCAGUGGCGAUCGCAGACUUUCGCUUGGGUCAUGCGACAAUGGCGAAGAACAUUCUAUUCGCCUUCUCUCUUCAGAAAACGGCAACACAGCUGUCGACACUCUCGAACAGCGCUCUUCAGAGAAGCGGAGCAGCGACUACUUUCUACUUGGAUCACCCGAUAGUGGCGAGGAAAAGGCAUGGGACUCGGACGGGGCCCCUCUCAUAGAGAACUAUUCUUCAGAGACGAACGACAAGUUGACAGGAUCAGGAUCAGGCGAUGUUCGCAUUCGGGCCGAGUCGCGUGCGAUUGACGGCGACAAUCACGAUCAGGGCUCUUCAGGGCUCCAUAGUUCAAAGAGCGACGACUGUUUGCUUGGAUCGUAUACCCGCAAAGGUUCCAGCUCCUCAGGCGAGGGGAUACCAUCCACAGAACCAUUGCCAUACGAUUUGCGCAUAAAUCGCAACCGUCCCGCAACCAUGAACAAGAUCCAACCAUUUUCUGAGGACUCGCACCUGGCUUCAUCUGAUUCUGAUGUUAACACUGCCUCGUCCUCGAUAUCAGAAUCGGAUUCCGACUCCCCGUCCAGCAACAUCUUGGAUAUGCCACGCCAGUCUUUUGCGGAGUGUAAAAGGCGCGCUGGACACUCUGCGGAAUCUCCAGAAUCAUCAUCCUCUGCCUCUCUCUCUUUCACAGGUUCUCCUCUGACCUCGUUGACCGCCAUCGGCGACCUCCAAAAGUCGCGCCAAACAUCACACCCAUCAGGCUCCCGCUAAGCAUUCCUGGAGUGAAAUCACAGAGUCGUAUUUCAGAGAGCAACGACUCCAAUAUCAUGCGUCUUAUUUAAAAUUUACAUACAUUUGUGCGUGUCCCUGUGUGGUCACUAAUUCAAUUAAAUUAUAUAUAUUAAUCAGAUGAAUAAAUUGAGCAUCGUCAAAUUAUGAACUUAUUAAAA